AUGUCUACAGCAUCGACCGUACCCGACCGCUACAAACUGGUCUUCUUCGUCCCAACCGAGAAUGCCGAUGCUUGCAAAGAAGCAAUCUUCGCAGUGGGCGCAGGCUCUUUCCCUGGCGGCAAAUACACCAAGUGCUGCUUCCAGAGUCACGGAACUGGCCAGUUUCUUCCUGGAGAUGGUGCGAACCCUGCGAUUGGGGCUGUUGGGGAAGUUGAACAGGUCGAGGAGCUUAGAAUCGAGGUUAUGUGCAUCGGGCACGACCUGAUGCUGAAGGCAGUAGAGGAACUGGUACGGGCGCAUCCGUAUGAGGAGGUUGCGUAUGAGGUUUAUCGCAUGGAGAAUGUGUAG